AUGCCGAGUGCACCGUUCAGUUCCUCGCGUAAUUACGUUAGACGUUCCAGAAGGAGGACUGCCAACAGGAUUCCUCUGCCAUCAAGAACAUCAUCGGUUGAACCAUGUGAUCUUCUUUGUCCAGCGUCGAACCCAAUGCCAUUGAGCGGUGGAGGAGCCGGUGGAGCUCGUGGAUCGUCACCAAGUGUUUCAGGCGUAGCAGCCCCCUCACCCUCGCCAAACCACUCACACUCAUCGCCGUAUGACCUGAGACGGAAAAGCCCACCACAUCCGGAUCCAGCACCAGGUUCCAGCUCGGCAUUACCUCCUCAGGGUGGGAGUAGCAUCGUUGCUGCACUUGGUUCCUUUUCUCUGCCAGCGAGAAAACGACCCAGACGAACAUGCUCACUGUCAACCGAUGGUACCAACACGAACACAGCGGCACACUAUCUCCUGUAUGAACUACCAGACGAGGUGUUGCUGACGAUAUUCAAUUUCUUCCUUGAAAUAGACCUAUGCCGUAUGUCACAAGUUUGCAAACGUUUUCAAGCAAUCGCCAAUGAUACUGAACUUUGGAAAUCACUUUAUCAGCAAGUAUAUCAAUAUGACUUGCCGCUAUUUAAUCCAGCACCCUGUAAAUUUGAAUUUGUAUCGCCGGACGACUCUGAUUAUCCAAAUCCCUGGAAGGAAAGUUUUCGACAGUUAUACAGAGGAGUUCACGUAAGACCUGGUUUUCAAGAUCUUAAAUUUAAGGGUAGAAAUUUGCCAUACUUUAACACUGUACAAGGAGCUCUUGAUUACGUUGAUGAGUACAGAAGUAAUAAUGGAAAUAACACGGCAAGUGGGAGCACCAGUAGCACUUCCAGUCAAAACAGUAAUGCCUCAUCUUCAACGUCAAAUAGUCAAAAUAAUGGUUGCGCAAACAUCGCUACACUGUUUCCAGAGGAUGCGCCUCAACAUAUUAUUUUCUUACACGCUGGUACAUAUCGUGGCGAGUUUCUCGUUAUUGACAGUGACGUUGCGCUUAUUGGAGCUGCUCCUGGCAAUGUUGCUGAGUCGGUAAUUCUCGAACGUGAAAGUGAAUCCACGAUGAUGUUUGUUGAGGGAGCUAAACGUGCAUACGCUGGACAUCUUACUUUAAAAUUCACACCGGAUGUAACCAGUACAGUGCCCCAUCACAAACAUUAUUGUCUUGAAAUAGGAGAAAAUUGCAGUCCUACGAUAGAUCACUGUAUAAUACGAAGUUCCAGUGCCGUAGGUGCAGCUGUCUGUGUAUCCGGUGGCGGUGCAAAUCCAAUAGUUAAGAAUUGCGACAUUUCAGACUGUGAAAAUGUCGGGCUUUAUGUUACUGACCACGCACAAGGUACCUACGAAGAUAAUGAAAUAUCUCGGAAUGCUCUUGCCGGUAUUUGGGUAAAGAAUUACGCAAAUCCAAUAAUGCGACGAAAUCACAUACAUCACGGUCGUGAUGUUGGUAUAUUCACAUUCGAUAAUGGACUUGGUUACUUUGAGGGUAAUGACAUUCACAACAAUCGUAUUGCCGGUUUUGAAGUUAAGGCAGGCGCUAAUCCCACAGUUACUCAAUGUGAAAUUCAUCAUGGUCAAACUGGUGGUAUUUAUGUUCACGAGAAUGGUCUUGGUCAAUUUAUUGACAACAAAAUUCAUUCGAAUAAUUUUGCUGGUGUUUGGAUAACUUCUAAUUCGAAUCCAACUAUACGUCGUAAUGAAAUUUACAACGGUCAUCAAGGUGGUGUUUACAUAUUUGGUGAGGGUAGAGGUUUGAUUGAGCAUAACAAUAUUUACGGGAAUGCUCUUGCUGGCAUUCAAAUACGAACCAAUUCAGAUCCAAUUGUUAGACACAAUAAAAUUCAUCACGGCCAACACGGUGGUAUUUAUGUUCAUGAAAAAGGGCAAGGACUUAUAGAAGAAAAUGAAGUUUAUGCAAAUACUUUGGCUGGUGUUUGGAUCACUACUGGAUCGACGCCGAUAUUAAGGAGAAAUCGAAUUCACAGCGGCAAACAAGUUGGUGUUUAUUUUUAUGAUAAUGGACAUGGGAAACUUGAAGACAAUGAUAUCUUUAAUCACCUGUACUCAGGAGUACAAAUAAGGACUGGAAGUAAUCCCGUUAUUCGAGGAAACAAGAUAUGGGGUGGCCAAAAUGGCGGUGUUCUCGUGUACAACAGUGGUCUGGGGUUACUCGAGCAGAACGAAAUAUUCGAUAACGCUAUGGCUGGCGUUUGGAUAAAGACAGACAGUAAUCCAACCCUCAAGAGGAACAAAAUAUUCGAUGGGCGGGAUGGUGGGAUAUGUAUAUUCAACGGUGGUAAAGGAAUUCUGGAGGAAAACGAUAUUUUCCGUAAUGCUCAAGCCGGAGUACUUAUAUCAACGCAAUCGUACCCAGUAUUGAGGAGAAACCGUAUAUUCGAUGGACUUGCUGCCGGUGUAGAAAUAACUAAUAAUGCAACUGCAACUUUAGAGUUUAAUCAAAUUUUUAAUAAUCGAUUUGGAGGAUUAUGUUUAGCAAGUGGAGUUCAGCCAACUUCACGAGGUAAUAAAAUAUUCAGUAAUCAAGACGCUGUAGAAAAGGCCGUUGAAAACGGUCAAUGUCUGUAUAAAAUAUCAUCAUAUACGUCGUUUCCGAUGCACGACUUCUAUCGCUGUCAAACGUGCAACACAACUGAUAGAAAUGCUAUUUGUGUCAACUGCAUAAAAACUUGUCAUGCUGGCCACGAUGUUGAGUUUAUAAGACACGAUAGAUUCUUUUGUGACUGUGGUGCAGGAACGUUAAGUAAUCAAUGCCAGCUUCAGGGUGAGCCUACGCAAGAUACUGAUACGUUUUUACAAAGUAGGCAAAAAUCUAAUUAA